GGGAUGGACGAGGAAGUAUUGACAUGGUAUUUUACAUGUAAAACUAGUGCCCAUGUUCCUCCAAUUCGCAAAGUGAACUCCAAAGUCUCUUUAGCCAACAAGGACGUAGACAGCCUCUCUUGCUCAGUCAUCGGUGAGGAACAAGAUGGCGUUGAUCAUGGAGAAGGAGAGGUUGGCUGAAUCGGACCAGCGAGUGAAGAACUGGAAGCGAUGGGGCCCGUACCUCUCGGAGCGACAGUGGGGCACGGUCAGGGAAGACUACUCGCCCGAUGGAAGCUGCUGGGAUUAUUUCCCCCACGACCACGCCCGUUCCCGUGCAUUUCGCUGGGGUGAGGACGGACUGCUUGGAAUAACAGAUCGGCAGUGUAGAUUAUGUUUUGGUCUGGCACUGUGGAACGGCAAAGAUACCAUCUUGAAGGAAAGACUGUAUGGCCUGACAGGACCACAGGGUAACCAUGGUGAAGACUGUAAAGAGAAUUACUACUACCUGGACUCAUCUCCCACCCAUUCCUACAUGAAGGCGCUCUACAAGUACCCCCAGUCGGAGUACCCAUACGCCUUGCUGGAGAGCCAGGGUAGAGAGAGGAGCAUCACCGACCCGGAAUUUGAACUGGAAGAUUCGGGUGUCUUCAAGGAGAGCAAGUACUGGGACGUCUUCGCGGAGUACGCCAAGAAUUCACCAAAUGAUAUGCUCUGUCGCAUCACUGUGGUAAACCGUGGACCGGACACCGCAACCAUUCACGUACUGCCACAGUACUGGUUCCGUAAUACCUGGAUAUGGGGCUGCGACCACGAGGGAUGCGGAAUGAAGCCGAGGAUGUCUCAAGGAAGAGAUGGAAAGAUAGCGCUUACACACGAAUCAUUGGACAAGAUGACCAUCAUGUACGAUGUUUCACCCGAUGGUAGCGAGCCGUCUGUACUCUUCACAGAGAAUGAGACCAACUCCCAGAAACUGUAUGGGAUUGACAACUAUACCAAAUAUGUUCGGGACGCCUUCCAUCGAUACGUCGUAGAUGGUGAGAAAGACGCCAUAGAUGGCAGGAACAGAGGCACAAAGUGUGCAGCACACUACAUCCUGGAGGUGGCUCCCGGUGAGGAGGCGGUGAUCAGGACAAGAUUCUGCACCAAGGAGGACGAGCCAUCCGGGGAGUGCUUCGGGAAGGAAGCAUUCGAUGAUGUCUUCAAGACGAGGAAACAAGAAACGGAUGAUUUCUAUUCCACGAUCAUCCCAUCCACCUAUAAUCCAGAGGAGUACAACGUAGCCAGGCAAGCCUACGCGAGUCUACUCUGGAGCAAGCAGUUCUACCACUACAUCGUCAAGAGUUGGCUCAAGGGAGACCGGGAGACCCCCAGACCGCCAGAGAGUCGCAACCAGGGGCGCAACGUGGAGUGGAAACACCUGCACAAUAUGGACAUCAUCUCUAUGCCGGACAAAUGGGAGUAUCCCUGGUACGCCUCAUGGGAUCUGGCAUUCCACAUGAUUCCUUUCGCUAAGCUCGACCCAACCUUCGCUAAGGACCAACUCUUGCUCUUCCUUCGAGAAUGGUACAUGGCCCCAAAUGGACAGAUCCCGGCUUACGAGUUUGCCUUUGGUGACGUGAAUCCACCGGUCCAUGCUUGGGCCGUAUUUAGAGUCUUCAAGAUUGGCUUUGCCCGGGGAUCAAGGGACAGAAUAUUCCUCAAGAAAUGCUUCCAGAAGCUACUCCUCAACUUCACAUGGUGGGUCAACCGGAAAGACCCCGAUGGGAAGAAUCUCUUCUCUGGUGGCUUCCUGGGUCUUGACAACAUUGGUGUGUUUGACAGGUCACGACCUUUGCCCACUGGAGGUCAUCUGGAACAGGCAGAUGGUACAGCCUGGAUGGCCUUCUUCUGUGUAGUCAUGUUGGACAUUGCUCUGGAGUUGGCAAGAAGUGAUGAGAGUUAUGAAGACAUGGCCAGCAAGUUCUUUGAACAUUUCAUCGGAAUCAUUGAUGCCAUGAACAGCGUGGGAGGAGGAUUAUGGGACGAGGAGGAUGGAUUUUACUACGACGUCUUAAAGACAGACACCUGUACGUUACCGCUGCGUAUCCGCUCCAUGGUGGGCCUGGUCCCCCUCUUUGCCUCAUUGACCCUCGAGGAGGAGGUCAUACUGAAACUACCCGGAUUCAAGAAGAGAUUGGAUUGGUUUAUGAAUCAUCGUACGGAGCUGUCUGAACAUAUUGCCUACAAGACAAUGGCAGACGGCAUUCAUGGACGCCAUCUACUCGGGAUCCCACAGAGGAAGCAACUGAAACGAGUUCUGAAAUACAUGUUGGAUGAGGAGGAGUUUCUGGCUCCAUAUGGAAUCCGCUCAUUGUCAAAGGUCCAUAAAGAUAAACCGUUUGUAGUGAACGUAGGGGGAGAGGAAUAUAAAGUCAGCUACGUACCCGGAGAGUCAGAUACCUAUCUCUUUGGAGGGAACAGUAAUUGGCGUGGACCCAUAUGGCUCUGUGUGAACUACUUGAUCAUUGAGGCCCUGGAGCGCUAUGAUUUCUUCUUCGGACCCAACUUCAAAGUAGAAUGCCCAACGGGAUCAGGAAACAUGAUGAGACUGAAGGACUGCGCUAAGGAAAUAUCUACGAGACUCGCUAGCAUCUUCCUCCCCGAUGAGAAUGGGGUGCGGCCUUGCCAUGCUGAUAACCUCCUCUACAAGGACGACCCUGCCUUUAAGGACCUGGUCUUAUUCUACGAGUAUUUUCACGGGGACACUGGACGUGGAUGCGGAGCUAGUCACCAGACCGGCUGGACAGCGAUCGUUACUGCAUGCCUGGAAAGAAGUGCUGCCAGGUAGAUAGAGAUCACCAGAGAUAUAACAAGACAAUACUGCUGCUGCAUUAUUCUUGGACGCCGCUCAGGUCUACGACUUCUUCUUUGUGCAGGACUCAAGUUUACGUGUCAAGUCAAAGAAUGCUGGUAAAACAAGUUUAUACACAAUUAACUUGUUAACUUUGAACUUUUAACACAAUUAACUUGUGUCAGAAUUCUGACCGGUUUUCUGCUAUAAAAGGCAUAUUCUUUUGCUCGGCAGUGCUCUAUAAUAAUUAUGCCUUCAUCUCGGCUGAUAUGAAAAUGCUGUCUGUGAUAGCAAUAACCUCUAUUUUGAGCAAAUUGUUGAAAUAACACAAAAGCUGGAAAUUAUAACAAUCAACUCAAUAUCCCUGACAGCAUUAACCCUUAAGCCUGGUUCAUACAAGUACUUCCUGUGAAUGCGAAUGCAAAGUGUUUUUGACGUCACAUCGCUGUUGAACAC